GAUUGAUGUAAAAAAAAUUACCAACGAGCUACAGGAACAGGUCGCAGCGCCCAGAAAAGCCAAUAAAAUCACGGGAAAGGCGGGGUUUUAGGAUCACGGACGUCACGGUUGCAGCUGCAGUAUUUCCUUGCAGAAAAGGGACGCGAGAAGGGCCUGGUGAGUGAAUUUGACAUUGAAGUGCAGUGCUGGGAGUUGUGCUGUACAACCAUGGCCACUGCAGCAAUCCUUGACCCAGAUAUCAUCAGGGAGGUCCUGGAAUGCUCAAUCUGCAUGGAGACUUUCAAUCAGGACCAGUUACGACCCAAACUCCUGCAGUGUGGGCAUACUGUGUGCAGGCAAUGCCUGGAGAAGCUGCUUGCAAGCACCAUCAACGGAGUGCGCUGCCCCUUCUGCAGCAAAGUGUCCAGGAUGAGUAACAUCUCGCAGCUUGCUGACAAUUUGACUGUCCUUAAAAUCAUUGACUCUGCAAGCUCAAGUGCAACAAUGUGUUUGAUGUGCAAAGUGUGCAGGAACAGACUACCAAAGCAGUACUGCCAGGUGUGCAGACUGGUGCUGUGUGAUGCCUGCAAAACUGAGGGGCACGAGCAGCAAGGCCACCCUGUACUUGCCAUCCACGCUGCGGCCGAGCAUCGCAGGAGAGACGUGGGGGAGAAGCUCUCUGCUUUGCGGCAGAUGAUGCAGGAUAUACAGAAGAAGAAAUCUGCUCUGGAUGGAGUCUUCAGAAAACUGAGGUUAAAGUACAAAUCCGUGCAGCAGGACUAUGCUAAAGCUGAGCUUGGAUUACAGGACGAGCUGACAAAGUCUCGCAUGGCUUUUUCCAGUUCCUUGUCAGAAAUCGAAAAACUCAACAACCAGGUUCUCGAGGAACAGACCUAUCUUUUAAACCUGGCGGAAGUCCAGUUGGUAUCGAGAUGUGACUAUCUCACCAUGAAAAUAAAGCAGGCAGAUCUUGCUCUGCUGGAAGAGGCCGUUGAUGAGGAGGAACUGGAUUUGAAGUGCAACCUUCCUGUGCUUCUGAAGCUGCAGGAGCCUGAACUGGUCCAAGCUGAACACCUGGAGCCUCUGGGUGUGGGACAGGUCAGAAGAAACCAGGUCACUGUGAACACGGAAGAGGAUUACCAGGAACAGGCAGAAUCUUCAUUCAGUUUGUAUCGAGAUGUUGACAUGGUGGCUGAAAAAGCGUGCUCUUUGACAGCAUCGCCCAGCUUCAAACCAAAGCUUGUGGAGCCGGGAGCUUCUGGAUCACAGCAGUGCCAGUUCAUUAAGAAAAUGGGCUGCAAAGGCAAUCUGCCUGGUAUGUUUAAUCUCCCUGUUAGCUUGUGUGUUACAAUGCAAGGGGAGGUGCUCGUGGCUGAUCGUGGAAACUACAGAAUUCAGAUUUUCAAUCGGAAGGGCUUCCAAAAAGAAAUCCGACGAAGCCCGAGCAGCAUUGACAAUUUUGUUCUCAGUUUUCUUGGGGCAGAUCUUCCGAAUUUGAUACCACUGUCUAUAGCCAUUAACAAUCAGGGACUGAUCGGCGUCACAGAUAACUAUGACAAUUCAGUGAAGGUAUACACACCCGACGGCCACUGUGUAGCAUGCCACAAGAAUCAGCUGAUUAAACCGUGGGGCAUUGCAGCAAUGCCUUCAGGACAGUUUGUGGUCACAGACGUGGAAGGGGGUAAGUUGUGGAGUCUCUCUGUGGAUCGCAGUGUGGGGGUUGUGAACUAUAGCAGGCUGUGUUCAGCUGUCCGCCCCAAGUUUGUUACCUGUGACAGCAGCGGGACUGUGUAUUUCACUCAGGGUCUGGGAUUAAACAUUGAGAACAGGCACAACGAGCAUCAGCUGGAAGGGGGCUUUUCCAUUGGGUCUGUGGGUACUGAUGGACAACUGGGCAAACAACUGAGCCAUUUCUUCUCAGAAAACGAGGACUUCCGCUGCAUCGCUGGAAUGUGUGUGGAUUCCAGGGGAGAUCUACUGGUCGCAGACAGCGGUCGUAAAGAGAUUUUGCACUUUCCCAAAGAAGGGAGUUUCAGUGUCUUGAUCCAAGAAGGGCUAACGUGUCCUGUUGGUCUGGCCAUAACUCCUAAAGGCCAGCUGUUGGUGUUGGAUUGCUGGGACCACUGUGUAAAAGUGUAUAAUUAUCACCCAAGAAGACAGUCUUGUACAGACUAGGACUAGAACCCCAGAUGGUGUUUUGCAAUAACAUCUGUUUUUCUGUUUCCUUUCAUAUAGGAAAUUCAGGAACCUCUGCUACUAUAUUUUAGUACAGCAAGCUAAAUAUUGGUGUUAAUAAAAGUAUAAGUCAAAAAAAAAAAGGCCACCCCUUUAUGGUCAUAUUUUAGGUUGGCAUAUUUUUUUGUUUUUGUUUUGCUUUUCUAUGGGUUACUCGUGCUUGUUUUGAAAUAAAGAAUCAGAGCCUAACUAAUUAUACAUCAUUCAGAUAUUGUACUAAUUAUACAUAAUUCAAAUAUUGCAACCAGGAUGCUGUGUUUUUUCAUGAAGUGCGUGAGGGUCCCUGAAAGUUAAAGUCGAAGCUGUAAGCACUGUAUUAAAGGAUGCACAACAUGUGACUCCUGCCAGGUUGCGUACUGCCUGGUUAACUUCAGAAAAAGAAAAAAAGACUGCCAGUGAGUCGUUGUACAGAAGUUAAUUCCGGGGGUUAGUGGCUGUAGGGUAUCAUUAGAAUAAUAUAAUGACAGUCUACAGUGGCAUACUAAAAAGAACAUUACAAGGUCAAUCAUUGAAAUGGCAGUUGAUUUAUGGCAUAUUUUAUUAUUGAAACAUUAAAAAAAAAAAAACACACACACCAGCUUAGGCAGCCAGUGACCUUUUAAAAUGAACUAGUCAUGUAAUCACUGCAGUAACGUUCCCCAUGCAUUUAUACAUGUAGUUUGCAUAGCACCAAAUGUGGCAUUGAAGUGUCUGUAUUCUCAACCGUUUGUGUGUCUUUUACAUCCUGACUUGUGUGGAUUGUUUGAUACCUUUUGAGUGCAAUAAAUCUGAGACUACAGAAAGCCGUGUUGAUUUCAAGCCUGCUUUACCUCUGAAGUAGCCAAUAGGUGCUGUUUGCUAGUGCUGAUGGGGAGCUAGUCACAAUGAGGGCAUCUACUGUAUAGUGUAAUGGUACAUGUUAGUGCUGUGACAAAUUAAUACAGUGGGAUCAGGCAUUUCUGCAUUAUAUCAACACAUGUCAUUUGUUCUGGACACGGUGGACAACAAAGGUCAUUCUAGUCCAAGUGUUUGUUCCAACAAGACCCUGAUUGAACCAAUUAAACCUGUAGCCAGGCACUAUCACUAAAAAUCUGUUGUGAAAAGCACCCCUGAAAAAAAGUUCAUGCUCCAAAAUAAUAAAAAUCGUCCCUGUCUUUCUUAAACUGAAUUAUAAUGACGUAGAUGCCCCCUAAAACAGGGACACAGCUCAACACAGAAUUGCACAUGCAACAGUAUUGCGAAAAGACCAGAGAAAUGUCACUCCACCUACAAAGUGCCACACAUAGAAAACUGAGCUUCAGCAUCACUGUAGGGAGGUUGCUUAUUUUAUAUUGAGGUGUUGUAAAAGCGUUUGAAAAAUUAAGUUACACUACACUUGUGCAGUUACUAAAAUUAGAGUAAGUUAUAACAAUAUAGUCAAAGAGAACAUUCAAAUAACAGAUAGAUGCCAGUUAAAAAUGAUCCAAAAUAUUACAAAGUAGCCUGUCCUCAAACGAGGACAAUGGCACUUAAUGGGUUAAAUGGAUGAAGUGCAGAGCUGAGCCAUGUGGUAAAAUGUAGCGUGUAUUCACCCAGGAGUAAUAUUACAGUGUAGACACUGC